AUGAGAGAUUAAGCAGCAAUAGGCAGAGUAAUGAGUUUUAAUAGAAAGCAAGGAUUGAAGCAUUUUAAAGAUCUACCUCAUAAUAGUCGCUUAAUAGAUAACACAAUAGGAUCUUGCAUUGAGAUAGCAGGAACUACUGUAGAAACAAAAUCAGGAUCAGAUACUCCAUAAGCCAAUGGAGGAAAGAAAAAUGAAUUGAUCUAAUAAUACGAAUAUAACUAAUACAUAUCCUAAGAUAUUGAAAAUGAAAAGAAAUUAAUCUAGGUAUCAAAAGAAAACAAAGAUAAGCCAAUAAAAAUUGGUUUUGCAGGAGCAUCUUUCUUUGUAUUGCUUGGUUUCUACUUAUUUUUCUACAAGUAUUUCGACUGUUCUUCGGAGUUCAAAGGUGGACCGGAAGUCUAUAUCAAGGAUUAAUGUUUCAAGUCUAAAUAUGCUUUUUACGAAAAUAAAGUGAUGGAGAAUGAUGAUAUUAGUUCAAUCUGCUAAAAAAUAUUUUCAGAUGUUUACAAUAGUUUUGACAAUAUCUGUGAGUCAAAACUGAUGAGACUUAUGCGACUGGCUUUAUAUUCUAAACUUAUUGCCUUAACUUUUUCUGAGACUGACUUAUACAUUGGCUAUCGAACCUUUUACAAAAAGUAUGUGAUCUUUAUUAGUGAAGCUUUGGAAUAUACAAUUUAUGAUUUAAUCACUUUUGCUAUAUACUUAUUGAUAUUUUUUUGA